AUUCAUUCCCACAAACAGCAAGCAAAGCUGCAGUGAUCAUCAAACCAUAGGAAGAUCAGUGAGGAUGAAGGCCGCAUACAUCGUGGUGUUCUUACUUGUGCUGCUUGCAGCCGAACAAGCAGAGAUAGCCGAGGGGGUGACCUGCAAGCCCACCGAGCUCAGCUCCUGUGUGAGUGCGAUCACGUCCUCGACCCCUCCGUCGAAGCUCUGCUGCAGCAAGAUCAGGGAGCAGAAGCCCUGCCUCUGCCAGUACCUCAAGAACCCGAAGCUCAAGAAGUUUGUCAACACCCCUAAUGCCAGGAAAGUCGCCCAGACCUGCGGGACUCCCUUCCCCAGGUGCUAAGUAGUAGUAGUAUGACAUAUAAGAGAGCCUCCACUUAUCGACGAGUGACUUGUUCGUCAUACUACUUCGCGUGGUUUGCUUACGAUUAUCGUAUGGUCUAGUUAUGAUGAAAAUAACUUCAAGGUCAUGUAUUCGGGAUCUAGUGUGUUCGUCGUAAUGUACUAAGUAUCAGUAUUCCAUAUGUCUGUCAAAGGCCUUCUUCAGUUGUGGGAAUUGUUCUUCAGAAUGAAAUAGAAAUCCAUUAGAUAAUGGAAUGAAA